UCGGACACGGGCUUCUCCGUUCGAGCUUCAUCUGACAUUUUCUACUCUUGAGGAUUAGACCCGAAAUUACCUCCGCCUGAGCCAGUGGAUCUCCUGCUGCCGCUCAUUCACCGUAACGCAUUCACUACGGGUAACCUCCAUCAAAAACCUCUCUACUCUCCUAUAAAGGACACGGUCUUGCAUACCCAUCAGCCUUUCGCUCAUCUCGCUCAUUCGGCAAUAUGGCAACCAUGGAUUUGAGAGUUGGGAACAAGUAUCGUAUCGGCCGCAAGAUUGGCAGUGGAAGUUUCGGUGAUAUUUACCUGGGCACCAAUAUCAUCUCUGGCGAGGAGAUUGCCAUUAAACUUGAGAGUGUCAAGGCCAAGCACCCUCAACUCGAGUACGAGGCUAGAGUCUACAAGUCCCUUGCCGGAGGCGUUGGAAUCCCCUUUGUUCGUUGGUUCGGCACAGAAUGUGAUUACAAUGCCAUGGUUUUGGACCUGCUCGGUCCCAGCUUGGAGGAUCUCUUCAACUUCUGCAACCGCAAAUUUUCCCUCAAGACUGUUCUCCUUCUUGCCGAUCAACUCAUUUCACGUAUCGAGUACAUCCACGCCAAGUCAUUCAUCCAUCGCGACAUUAAGCCGGACAAUUUCCUUAUGGGUAUUGGCAAGCGCGGCAACCAGGUCAAUGUCAUUGACUUUGGUCUGGCGAAGAAGUACCGUGACCCGAAGACCCACUUUCACAUCCCUUACCGUGAGAAUAAGAACUUGACCGGUACCGCACGAUACGCCAGUAUCAACACUCACUUGGGAGUCGAACAAUCACGUCGUGAUGAUAUGGAAUCCCUUGGAUACGUCAUGCUUUACUUCUGCCGUGGAUCUCUCCCCUGGCAAGGUCUCAAGGCUGCCACCAAGAAGCAAAAGUACGACCGCAUCAUGGAGAAGAAGAUGACUACCCCCACUGAUCUGCUCUGCCGUGGCUUCCCGAAUGAAUUUGCCAUCUACCUCAACUACACUCGGUCGCUCCGUUUCGAUGACAAGCCCGACUACUCUUACUUGCGCAAGAUCUUCCGCGACUUGUUUGUUCGUGAGGGCUUCCAAUAUGACUAUGUCUUUGACUGGACCGUUUAUAAGUACACUGCUCAAAAGACCAAUGCAGCCGCAGCCGCUGCAGCCGCCGAGGAGCAAAAGGCUCAACAGGACGCCGCCGGCGGCAACGCCGUUGCUCCGGCCAAGAAUAUUCGUACUCGGACCGCCAAGCAGCCAAUUCAACCCCAGUCGCCGGCGAAUGACCCCAGGAUGUGAGUUUAACAUGAUAGCAUCGUUCCUUGACUCGCUCGGCUGCGGCCAAGAACGGUCUCUAAAUGAACAAUGAAAUGCUGAGAUGCUUGUUCUCAGUGAUACAUAUAGUAUGAUUGAAGUUGCCGUUAGAGGUGUUUUGAUAUUGCUUUCGAUCGAGCAGUAUGC